UUUCAGUGUCUGACCCAAAGAUCUCGAUGGUCUCGGUUGAAAGUGGACAGGUGAUCGUGGAGUGUCAGGCUAGUUGCUGGCGGCCAAAGCCUGAGAUGAAGAUCCUGGACGACCAGGGGAGAACCUUGACUGCUGAAGACCCGCAGACAGAAGAUUCAAGCGGAUGUUUCACCGUACGACAAAAAUUUGUUCUGGAGAAUUCAACCGGCAGACUCACCUGCAGGGCUGAGCUGCAGCAGUCCAACCAGACCAGGUCUGCACAGAUCCUCAUAACCACCGUUUUCCUUUGGUCCAUUUACCACAUUAUAGCUGUCUGCGUGGUGGAAGCUGUGCUUUUCCUGUCUGCGUUUGCACUGUGGCAUCUGUUCGGGAUGAAAUGUCACAGACCUGACCCUCCAAAUGUAAGCUCAAUGAAUUCAAUUUCACCUGCCUUUCACCUGGGAAACAAAACCAGGAGAGCGAAGAGGAGAGCAAACAAGAGGAGAGAGGUAACACCAAGUUUGAACACCAAAGCUGGAGGAUGGACGAUCGUAUCCAAGACUCAAACCGCACAAUGAUGGACCAGAAAGCUUGAAACGAGUCACGAGUCCUAAAGAACAAUGCCAUACUUCCUUAAAUGAAUCUGAAGGACAUCGAUUCUGGUGAUCCUUAAUGGGGGAUUUGUGAGACUUAACUGCAAUAAAAAGAAAGUUUUCUCUUUUUCUCUGUUUAGCUCCAGUGUUGACAUUCUUUUAAAUACAGUCAAUCUUGAACUGUUUACGCAAUUGAUGUAAUUUCAGCGGAUUCUGGAAGCUGAGAAAAGCAGCUUUGCUCUGAUCUGCAACACAGUGAAAUCGAUGCAGAUCAGCUGAUCCUGUGGCUGAAAUAAUUGCCCCGUUACUUAUCGGUGCAAAGCAGAUGAGAGAAGCCGCUUAUCUCCACAUCAGGAUCAGCUGAUUCACGCUGAUUACGUAAUCGGUCGAAGAGUUAUGGUUGCGCAUUUACAUGAGUAGCUAAAUAUUACUGAUAACUUUAAGCCCCGCCUCUUGUUUAUGCACAAGUUCAGACAAAGGCACGUUUUUGUAGAUUGUUUAAAAAAUGAAACUGAUUUCUUCACUUUUCUUUAAAUGAAGGGAUGUGUAACCUGAUUACCUCUGUUUGCACACUGACUAUUGUCUUGAUAUGAAUAUGUAACGAUUAUGUCAU